CCCCACGGCGUCUGCCGACCCACUGGAGAGGAAACUCUCGCACUAGAGGAUUUACAAAAGGUUUCAAAGGGCGCCAUGUAUCGCACCAGAGUCCAGACAUCGCCCAUGCGACGUGGCGAUGUGUUAUUGCUCCGUGGAGGGGGCGUAAAUUCCGUGGUUUGGACUCAGAAGGGGGCGGAGCCCACUGAAGAUUGAGCGAGCAGCUACCUAAACACGACAGCUUUAAUUCAGGUCAACCAUGAAAUAAUCUUGUAAUAAAUCCAUGUAAAAGUUCAAAAAGCCGCUUUAAUUCAGGUUAACAUUUAAAUAAUCUUGUAGUAAGUCUAAAUACAAGUUCAUAGAGUAGUGUGAAAACAUUCAACAUGGCUGACACCUGAAAAGACGAGAGCGGCUGAUUGCUCCUCUCGCAUUGGCUGAGGCGGGUCACGUGACGAAGCUGCCCCCACCCCACCCCAAAUUGUCUUUUUAAAAGACCCAAGUUUUUAGUUCUUAAAGUCAAAAAAACAGACUUUCGAAACAAUGAGCUUCCCUGUUGUGGACUUCAGCGCCUUCACCCUCGACGUGGAAGACAUUUGUCCGGCAGACUUGGACCGCCUGAGCAGGGACGUGAAAGAAGCUUUUACCCGAGUGGGCUUCGUCUUUUUGGACAACACAGGCGUCACGCAGGCGGAGGUGGAUGACGUCAUGGAAGCUUCCCGAAGGUUCUUCCUGCAGCCAGACCGCUUCAAGAAGGCAUUCAUCAGGAAAAGCGUGCCCAACUGUCCCCUGCACGGCUGGAUCCCCAUGGAGACGGAAAGGGUGGAUCCAGGAACACCAGCAGCAGAUCUAAAAGAGUCGUUCAACAUGACUUCACUACAUCCUGACAUAAAAUGGCCCCCCUCUGAGGUUGUGGCGGGAUUCCAGGAGACCAUGACUGCCUUUUACCAGCGCUGCAAAGAGCUAAGUCUGCGGAUUUUGAAGGUGAUAGCCCACGGUCUGGACCUGGACCCCAACGUGUUCCUGAGCGCUCACCGCCUGAUUGGAAAUGAUGAGAACCCAACAACGCUCCGUUCCAACUACUACCCUCCGGUCCACAGAGAAGUGGCCAAGGAGGGCCAGCUGAGAUGUGGCCAGCAUUCCGACUACGGGAGCAUUACCUUGUUGUUCCAGGAUUCUGAAGGUCUGCAGGUGCUGGAAGGUUCUGGUGAGUUCAUCACUGCUCCUUGCAUCCCCGGGGCCAUACUGGUCAACAUCGCUGACAUGAUGCAGCGUUGGACCAGCGGCCAGUUUGUCUCUCUGGUCCACAGAGUCGUGCUGCCCCCUGCUGGCGACUCCACCACACGGCAGUCUCUGUCUUUCUUCCUCAUGCCGGACGACAAAGCCGUUGUCGUCUGCGCUGACGGAUCCGACAAGUACCCGCCGGUGCAGCUUGGCGCCUACGUCGCUGAGCGCUUGGGCUACAUGUACGCCCAGUAGCGCUAGCGCCGCCUGUGUUGGACGUCGCUGCACUGCUAGGUGAUGAUUUUGGUGAUGGUUUGUACGCGCGUGUGAAAAGUUGCAGCCUCGUUCACUUUAUUGCCACGGGGAGACAUGACAUGGUGGAAUGUACAGGAAGUGCUAGUUGCACAAGACAUUGGCACUCAUUGCAAACAUUGGUAUUAAAGUAGUCUUCAUUGCUGUGGUUGUCAUGACAACGGUAGCCAUAUUGAACUUAAUAACAAUAAAAGCCAAAUGGAAACUUUGUGGUAAAUAAAUCAAAAGGUGUGCAGUUUGGCGGCCGCUUUGAAAAUAAUAAUAAAGACAAUUCUUCCAUCAGCUACAUGAUUGUCAGACUUUAGGCGUAAAUAAACGCCAUUAGCUGGCAUGAAUAAAUACAUAUUUGAAAUCAA